UGUGUAAUCAAAACUACUAGUUUGGUUUUUAGUUUAAAGACUUAAAAAGUGAUCGCUUCGCUGUUUGAAAGAGCCUACAAAGUGUAAAAGAAUAACAGAAGAAGUGAAAAGAAAACAAAACAACAUGUGCAACUCAGAAGGCGAAUGCAGACCCUUAGGUUUCCUUUUGGGUCUUCCUUUUGCCUUCCUCUGUCUCCUCAUUUCAAUCGUUGCAAUUUUUGUUUGGAUUGUCGGAUUAUUGCUUACAUGUAUAUGUCCCUGCUGUUUGUGUCUAACGAUUAUAGUGGAGCUUGCUCUUGAAUUGAUCAAAGCUCCGUUGCAUGUCAUGGAGUGGUUCACUUCUAAGAUCCCUUGCUGAACAUAAUUUAUACUUGUCUUUGUUUCUUGGUCUUGAAUUGAUUGGUUUGUUAUUAUUACCUUUUACUUCUUCUCAAUUUAUUGUUGUUUUGAUUUAAAGUGAGUCAGGAUUUUUUAGGUUUUAUGUGUGUGGUCUUUUGGGUUGUCUACUGAAGAAUUCACUAUAUAGUGUAGAUUAUAUUUUAUAAGAUGAUAGCUCUUACACAUGUAUGUAUUAUUUUGCUUUUACAUAAAUUUUAUCAUCAUUAUUCAGUAUUGUAAUA